AUGAAAGUAUGUUCUACAGUAAAGUUUCAAGGAAUCUCAGAUAUUACAUUCGUAUCAGUAUAUAUUAAACCACAAACCAAAAUCACUAAACAGGAAUGGAUACAAUUUUUUAGUUCCUUACACAGUCCAUGUAUUAUAGGAGGUGAUUUUAAUGCACAUCACACCUCAUGGGGUUGUGCUCAGGAUGACGUAUUUGGGAAAAUCCUGAUUGAAGCUCUAGAUGACAGUAAUCUCAGUUUUAUUAACAAUGCAGAUCCAACUUAUGUAAAAUAUCAAUCAAAAUCAGCAAUAGAUCUUACAUUAUGUACACCUCAAAUUCAUCAUCAGGUAGAAUGGCGAACCUUGCCAGACCCAUGUGGUUCAGAUCAUUUGCCUAUACUUAUCAAUUGUAAUUUUACUCCAGAAAAAUUGUCAUUUGCAUCAAAUAGAAAAUGGAACAUAAACAAAGCUUGCUGGAAUCAGUUCUGUUUCGAGAGUAUAAAUAGAUCUUAUGUAGAACCUGUUAUAGAUUACAGCACUUUCAUCAAAAAUGUUAACCAGUCAGCUGAAGCUUCUAUUCCGAAAUAUGAAAACAAAAAUAAUGUCAAAGGAAAACCAUGGUGGACCAAUGAAUGUAAUAUAGCAGUAGAAAAACGUUAG